AUGGUCUGGCAGCCUGGGAGGCAGGGAGUGGCCAGCUCCAACUCCGUCCCGGAGGAGGCCAAACACGGAACCUUCGUGGGUCGCAUCGCUCAGGACCUGGGGCUGGAGCUGGCGGAGCUGGUGCCCCGCCUGUUCAGGGUGGCGUCCAAGGACCGCGGGGACCUUCUGGAGGUAAAUCUGCAGAAUGGCAUUUUGUUUGUGAAUUCUCGGAUCGACCGGGAGGCGCUGUGCGGGAGGAGCGCGGAGUGUAGCAUCCACCUGGAGGUGAUCGUGGACCGGCCGCUGCAGGUUUUCCACGUGGAGGUGGAGGUGAGGGACAUUAACGACAACCCUCCCCUGUUCCCAACCACACAAAAGACUCUAUUUAUUCUGGAAUCCAGACUGCUUGACUCGCGAUUUCCACUAGAGGGCGCGUCAGAUGCAGAUGUCGGUUCCAAUGCUCUGCUGACUUACAGACUGAGCGCCAAUGAACAUUUCUCUCUGGACGUACCACCAAACCACGAACAAGUAAAACCUCUUGGGCUUGUUUUGCGGAAACCAUUAGACAGAGAAGAAACUGCAGAGAUGCGCUUAUUGCUCACGGCCACCGACGGAGGCAAACCCGAGCUGACCGGCACCGUUCAGUUACUCAUCACAGUGCUGGACGUCAAUGACAAUGCUCCGGUUUUUGACAGAUCUCUCUAUACUGUGAAAUUACCCGAGAAUGUUCCAAACGGGACCUUGGUAAUCAAAGUCAAUGCCUCAGACUUAGACGAAGGCGUGAAUGGGGACGUUAUGUACUCAUUUUCUAAUGAUAUUUCCCCAGAUAUAAAAUCCAAGUUUCACAUGGAUGCUGUGAGCGGAGAAAUUACAGUUAUAGGAGUUAUUGAUUUCGAAGAAAGUAAAGCUUACAAGAUUCCAUUAGAGGCACGUGAUAAAGGCUUCCCACCACUGCCUGGACACUGCACAGUUCUUGUGGAAGUUGUAGAUGCUAACGACAACGCUCCACAGCUGACUGUCAGUUCCUUGUCGCUCCCUAUAUCUGAAGACAGCCAACCUGGAAGAGUUGUCACCUUAAUUAGUGUUUCUGACCGUGAUUCUGGUGCCAACGGGCAGGUGACCUGUUCUCUGACCCCUCAUGUCCCCUUCAAGCUGGUGUCCACCUUCAAGAAUUACUAUUCGCUCGUGCUGGACAGCGCCCUGGACAGAGAGACCACACCUGACUAUAAGGUGGUGGUGACAGCCAGGGACGGGGGCUCGCCCUCGCUGUGGGCCACAGCCAGCGUGUCCGUGGAGGUGGCUGACGUAAACGACAACGCGCCCGCGUUCGCGCAGCCAGAAUACACGGUGUUUGUGAAGGAGAACAACCCGCCUGGCGCGCACAUUUUCACGGUGUCAGCGGUGGACGCGGAUGCGCAGGAGAACGCGCUGGUGUCCUACUCGCUGGUGGAGAGGCGGGUGGGCGAGCGCUCGCUGUCGAGCUUCGUGUCUGUGCACGCGGAGAGCGGCAAGGUGUUCGCGCUGCAGCCCCUGGACCAUGAGGAGCUGGAGCUGCUGCAGUUCCAGGUGAGCGCGCGGGAUGCUGGUGUGCCUUCCCUGGGCAGCAAUGUGACUCUGCAGGUGUUUGUGCUGGACGAGAACGACAACGCGCCCGCGCUUCUGGGGCCUUUGACAAAUGGGGCUGUUAGCACAGUGAACGAGGUGGUUACUCGCGCUUUAGUGCCUGGUCAAGUUGUGGCGAAAGUUAGGGCGAUAGAUGCGGACUCUGGCUACAAUGCGUGGCUAUCCUAUGAGCUUCAGCCAGCUGCGGGUGGAAUUCGUAGUCCUUUCCGCGUUGGUCUGUAUACGGGCGAAAUCAGCGCCACUCGCGCUCUGGAGGAGACAGAUGCAUUGCGACAGUGCUUUAUAGUGUUGGUGAAGGACCACGGAGAACCUUCGCUGACCGCCACAGCCACGGUGUUGCUUUCUCUGGUAGACAGCGGCCAAACACAGAAGGUAUCAGCUAAGGUGUCUGUUGGAGCCUCCAGCCUGAAUCAGGGGCUAGUGGAUGUCAACGUGUACCUGAUCAUUGCCAUCUGUGCCGUGUCCAGCCUGUUGGUGCUCACGCUGUUGCUGUACACCGCGCUGCGCUGCUCGGCGACGCCCACAGAUGGAGCCUGUGCUCCGGGAAAGCCCGUGCUGGUGUGCUCCAGCACGGUGGGAACCUGGUCAUACUCACAGCAGAGGCGGCAGAGGGUGUGCUCUGGAGAGGGUCCGCCCAAGACCGACCUCAUGGCCUUCAGCCCCAGCCUACCUCAGGGCCCCAGCUCUACAGACAACGUGAGUCUUAAAUAUUUAUUCCCUCAGGCUUGA